AUGGCGUGUGGCCUUUACAGUCGCUACUUCCUGAUCCCCAAAAAGGACGGGGGUCUUCGCUGUAUUCUGGAGUUGACACUGCUGAACCGCGCACUUGCAAAGCGCUCGUUCAAGAUGAUAACAGUAAAACAGAUCCUCGCGCACAUUCAGCCCGGAGACUGGUUUAUCUCGGUGGACUUAAAAGAUGCCUAUUUUCACAUCGAGGACAGAGCUUAUCAAUUCAAAGUUCUCCCGUUCGGCUUAGCGUUAGCCCCGAGGACUUUUAUGAAGUGUAUCAAUGCAGCGCUUACCCUUCUCAGGCAGAGUGGAAUUCGCAUCUUGAAUUAUCUGGACGACUGGCUUGUUAUAGCCCAGUCGCAGGAUACACUGGAAAACCACAAAUGUCAGCUUCUAGAACAUCGGAAGCAUCUAGGACUGACGGUCAAUAUGGCUACAUCUGAAGAGUAUUGCGUAAUAACCCAGGAGGACUUAGAGGAUAUUAAAGACACCCUAUCUUCUCAGGAUCUCCCUUCAGCGAUAACCAUGAUAAAAGAAUACCUUAAAAAGCAGAAUCUUGUAGAACUUAACAUUGGUGUGACGGGAGAGUCUGGUUCUGGAAAGUCCACGUUUGUCAAUGCAUUCAGGGGUUUAGGAGAUGAAGAAGAGGGCUCUGCUAAAACUGGUGUAGUGGAGACCACUACAGAACCAGCAGUUUACCUUCACCCAAAAUACAAAAAUGUGAAAGUGUGGGAUCUUCCUGGCAUUGGAACACCAAACUUCAAAGCUGAUGAAUACCUUAAACUGGUUCAGUUUAAGCGCUAUGAUUUUUUCAUCAUCAUUGCUUCAGAUCGGUUCAGAGAAUGCCACACUCAGCUGGCCACAGAGAUUAUGAAGAUGGGGGAAAAGUUUUAUUUUGUUCGUUCCAAGAUUGACUUUUGCAUUACUGCUGAGAAGAGGAAGAAGAACUUUGACCAGAAAAAGACUCUGGAGAUCAUCCGAGAGGAGGGGGAAAUUUAA